AUGUCCUCCACGAUUCAUCCCCAGUACUUCUGUACUCGUCCUAAUGGCACCUUCACUCCCCUUAUCGCCGUGGAUGAGCUCCCCUCGCAUAUCUCGAUUCGUGGAGCUCCCCGUGUGCUAGCAGCCAGUGAAACCCAAGGAAUGACGAGCCUUGGGAUUGUACAGAUGAGGCCCCAGUCUUAUGUUGUCGAAGGAGUUGGCCCCGCUCCCACUCGAGAGACGUCCACGAGUUCGACCGGACACCGCACCCGUGACUCUGAUUUACAGGCCGCGUUGAUGAGAGUCCUUUCCGAUGAGUGUCUUCCGACCAACGAGCGUCGGGCUAUUACAACGCUGAUACAGCAUGGUCUUUCUCGCGGCAUGUUUACGCCCAGUUCCACCAGUAACGGUUGGUUGGUGCCUAAUAGUGGUGGUAGUAUUGCUGGCAAUGUGGGUUCUAGACAAGGACCUCACUACAAUACCAAGAAAGAAUACUGUUCGUACUGGAUUCGCCAUGGCGAGUGUGACUAUUCACAACAAGGCUGCCUUUUUAAACAUGAGAUGCCUGGCGACCCGGCGAUGCUCGAGAAGCUUGGCCUCCGUGACAUCCCCCGCUGGUAUCGUGAGAAGUAUGGCAUUCCCAGCCUGAUACCGAAUGGACAUGUUCAUCCUCGUCAUCAAAUCGGUCAUGCUCUGCCACUGACGGACAAUGGGGGUUUCGGAGCGGUCCACAACCCAUCUCGCCUCGGGGCAAACAUCAUCUCGGACAUUUCUGAUUUUGAGAGGGACUCUCAGCAGAAGACUCAUUAUGCUAUUCAGCACUCACCAGCUGCACUUCCUGGAUCGUCGCGGCCUGUCUAUGCCGCCGCAGGACCGUCCAGGGCUCAAAUGCCCCAGAGACAUGGAGCAAAAAAUUCUUCGAAAGUGGAUCUUUUAUCCUUUGACCCUCUUCCAGAGUACCCCAGCUACACAUCCGUGGAAUCUGCGCCCGGGAAGAUGCGCGCGCCGGCCAACGCAAAUGGCACCGCCGCCUUUGCGAGUGUCAACAGCGAGCGUGAGGACUUCGUCCGCAGUAUACAAUCUCUAAUGCCGACUCCAAUGUCCGGGAUCUCGGAGUACCUGCCGGCCGGUGGUUCUCCCUAUAAGCCUCGUUCCAAGAAGGCACAAAAAUCCCGCCGGUUGUAUCAGCCUCGGCCUCCUGUCCUGAAGCAGGAGUCCGAACCUGAAGCAAGCGAAGUAGAUGCAUUCAGCGGGGAUUGUAGAGGCUAUGGCACUGCUCCGCCGAGCGUUGCAUCUCCCAUUUCCAAGGUUGACCACCCAAGCCCGAACAUCCGGUCUGCCCUAGAUAGCGCGUCCGAGCCGGCUACUCGCGGUGCCUCCCCUUUAAACCAGUCCGGCACUGCAUCUUCGGACUCGAGUCCCGAUCUUGUCCGCGACCGACAGAAAGAUAAAAAAGAACACAAAGCGACCUUCGGCGCUAUAGGUACCAAGAGAGGGUAUGGUAAGUCGUGUGACGGGUCCUUCGAAGUUGAUCUGUUAGGCCUGGGCACCAAGGACGAUGAAUAA